UAGUUGGCGGGACCUUCCUAAAACAGCUGACAAACUGGGAAACUCCUGUGACAUAUGACAGAAAAACUCCUCACUCCACCUGUUUUACCAGCCCCACCCUGAGACAAGGUUGCUUUUUUAGCAGCAUGCGAUUUGUGUGAACUGGCAUUUCAGCCUUGCCAUCCUUGGGUGUCCUUGCUUUACUUUCCUCAUCUUUCUGCGUUCACCACGGCUCCACAUGGCCUCAGCCUGGUCUGAAGAGAGCUUCACCUGCCCAGUUUGUCUGGACACCCUGAAGGACCCUGCCACUCUACCAUGUGGACACUCAUACUGCUUGGCUUGUAUAAAAAGCCACUGGGACAAAGGAGACAGCAGGGGUGAGUACAGCUGCCCCCAGUGCAGGCAGGUAUUCAGCCCGAGGCCCUCGCUGUCGAAGAGCACACUGCUAGUGGAGGCCAUGGAGAAGCUGAGGACCAACAGUCUUAAACACAGCUCCUCCUCAGCCCCACCAUCGAUGCCUGUCUAUUUGGAGGUGCUACCAGAUACAAGGCCCAGACAGGGCAGCGUGUAUCCACAGCUUCCCUCUGUGGAACCCAGACCCUGUCCUCAACACAAGCAGCCCCUGGACUUAUUCUGCCACGAAGACAAGGAGUGUGUGUGUGACAUGUGUUGCCAGCAAGGACACAAGGGACAUCAUGUCCUCAGACCACAAGAAGAAAGAAAAGAGAGACAGAAAGAGCUUGUUGAGAUGCAAGCAGAGGUGGAAAGGAGAAUCCAGGGGACUGAGAGGAAGCUAAAGGAGCUUCCACAUUCUGCUCGUCAGCACAAGGCCUUGGUCCAGGCUCUGCAGAAUGAGAGCACAGAUUUAUUCUCAGAGUUGGUCAAGAAUGUGAAUCUAACAGGCACGCAGGUUGGUGAGCUGCUUAGCGCCCAUGAGACCUCUUUAGGCAGCCAGGUCGAGGGGCAGAUCCACAGAAUGGAACAGGAGGUGGCACAGCUCCGCUGGAAGAAUGAAGAACUGAGCAGACUGGCUGACAUGCAGGAUGACAUCUGUUUCUUAAAGAAUUUCCUCAUCAUGGAGCCUCUGGGUCAGACGGGAGCCACAGGAGAGUCAGUGCUGAGUCAGGAGGAGGCUGUGGUCGCCUCCGUCCGUUCAGCCAUGAAAGAGCUGCAAGAUUCAGUUCAGGAUCUCUGCAAAGCCAGUCUCACCAAGAUUGUCACAUUAGUGAACAAUGACUCAUUGACUUCAGCACCCGAUGGUGCGGCAGCAGCAUCGGACACAACAACAGCUGAUCAUUCAGGUCGGACCGCUGUCCAAAAUACAGUGUAUGAGUCGACAAUAAACGCUCCACCUCUGCCACCUCUAAGACCUGAAGCUUCAGCCCCCCCAGCCCCCUUCCCUCCUCCUCGACCUCAAGCAUCUUCUGUAAAAACUACGGGACUUGUGAAUCCAGAACCAAAAACUAGAGACGAAAUGAUAAAAUUUCGAUUUGAACCCACCAUGGACCCCAACACGGUGUAUCGACACGUGCAGCUGUCGGAUGGCGGUCAUAAGGCCACGAUGAAGGCUGAGAACCUGAACCCACAUGACCAUCCCGAACGCUUCCAGUUCUGGAGGCAGGUUCUUUGCAGCGAGCCGCUGGCAGGGAGUCCUUACUACUGGGAGGUGGAGUGGACUGGCCAGAAGGUCACCAUCGGUGUUGCCUACAAAGACAUAGAACGAAAGGGUUCUGAUGACAAGAGCCGUUUGGGCCACAAUGCUUUGUCCUGGAGCCUGUACUGGUCCGGGACCGGUUUUUCCUUCUGGCAUGAUAACAAGGAAAAGCUGCUGGGCUCACCUAAAUCCAGACGGAUCGGCGUCUAUCUUGACCAGCAUGCAGGAAUUCUGGCCUUUUACAGCAUCGCCAACAACCAGGCCAGCCUCAUCCACCGGCACAAGGAAGAGUUCAGCGGCCCACUGUACCCAGGAUUCAGGUUCUGGGCAGGAGUAGGGAAUACUGUGACUAUUUGCCAAUUAGACUGAGUUGUAUUUAAAUGAAAAGUUGCUGAAAUUUUGAUAAGGAAAUAAAUAUCUUCUUGCUUUGGAGAGAGGAAACAAAAGUGUCCAGUGUUCUCCAUUCAUGUGAUGCAAAUGUUUUAAAUAUGUCUUUGUAUGCAAUUAAAAGAGUAAUAAACCCACAUUUUAUCAAUAAGA